AUAGAGAGCGGCGUGGUUGCCGCUGCUGCCUUCUGAGGCCACCCAUUCCAUUGCCGCAUGCAUGUGCCGAGUGAACCGACGCGCGGUGGAGGCGCCUCUGCCGCCAUGACCGACUUUGUUGACCGGGGCUUGUGUGAAGUGCUCGGCGAGCACCCGGGGGAACUGGUGAGAACGGCUAGCCCCAAUAUUCUCUGUACUGGACUGCCCAACCACUGGAGAUCGAACAAAACAUUACCUGUCGCUUUCAAAGUGGUCGUUUUGGGAGAGGUCAUGGACGGGACAUCGGUCACUAUAAGAGCGGGCAAUGACGAGAACUACUGCGGUGAGAUGAGGAAUUCGACGGCUGUCGUCAAAAACCAAAUUGCCAAAUUCAAUGACCUAAGAUUUGUGGGUCGAAGCGGCAGGGGUAAAAGUUUCACGUUAGUGAUUACAGUCAGUUCGAAUCCUCCUCAGGUAGCAACCUAUACAAAAGCGAUCAAAAUCACUGUAGAUGGACCAAGAGAACCUAGAAGUAAGAGCUGGCAACAUCACCACCAUUUGCGAGCUUUUGCCAAUGCAUUUGGACAGAGGACGCACUUCUUUGACCCUCGACUCGUUGAUCCUCUAAGAGAAUGGGAACAAUUCAGAAGAAAAACAGCUGAACAAUGGGCACUCGAUUUGCCCAGAAGAAUGGGCGCUACACCAGCUGAAUUAUCACAGACAUUCAACUUUGCGGGUGGUGAUCAUCCCCAUUGGUUAGCUUACAACGCUCACUAUUCACCCUAUUUCACAACAGCAGCUUUCAGAGGUGCAGGCUUUACAGGGUAUGCUUUCGACAGCGCAUUUAGUGCAACAGGCUCUUCUAAUCAAGAGGCACAUUUGACAUCGAUCGCUGAUGGUGCCUCUCCAGAGUCGUCUCUAAGCAACGGCAAUGGUCAACUACAUUCAGCAUCAGCAUUCACUUUCAAAUCCAUGCUGGACAAUUUCACCCAGUCGAAAAGCGAGCUCUCAUUGGUGCGUCCGACUAACACCAAUCUCUCUUCCGCAGCGUCAUCGGCGGCUUCCGAAUCCGAUCACUCCCCAAUGGACCCUGGCAGCAAAACACCGGUUCCAAACACGUCACUGCAGAUACCAAAGACAAACAUCCCUCUGCUAGCGGGUGCUUCUUCGACAGCCCUGUCGGUGAACCAUGCAAGUUACCUGCUGGCAUCCCAAAGCUAUUACGGUGGUAACGGUGCUACCACAAGUGCCAGCAUGUACUUGGGAACAGGCAUGAUGCCACCAUCGCUUCUUUAUCCCCAACUGUACCAACAGAGCCACCUCCAUCCAUCCAUCCACUUACUUGGGAAUGAUUCCAGGAACUCUUACGACGCGGCGGCCCUCUCAGCUCAACAGGAGGAGGUGAGACAGUUGAGCAGCUCAGAGUCUUUGAAUAAAGAACUCCAGUCACCGUCAGAGGAUCCUAGAUCGGAUAACAGUAGCACUAACGGGCAUACGACUUUAGUUUCUUCGCGUGAUAGACUAAAUGAUUUGCGAAUGACGAGUUUACCAUCCACAAGGACAGCACAGAGUGAGAUAGCAACGGUUUGGAGGCCUUAUUGAUGAUUUAGCUUUUUAAGAGAAAAAUAUAAACCGGUGAAAGAUUAUGAUAUACAUACAUGUAUAGUAAUUUAUUGUUCCAGCAUUUAAUUUAAAUGCACUUCUAUAAAGUAACUCAAAGAGUUAAUACUGUUUCAGUAAAAUAUAUAUAUAUAUUGUACAAUAUAGAUAAUUUAUUUAAGGACUUGAAGAAAAGUCUUAUUCUUUUUUUUGAAAAUUUUUUUUUUAUUUCAGGACUUUAUUAGCAGAUAUGGCUUUGCUUUGAAAUCAUUCAAUACACUUACGUUGAGGAAAAUAUGAAUUGAAAGUAAACACUUAUAAUCAUUUUUAAUUUUCAAGACCUUCAUGCUUUUGAAAAAUAUUUGAAGUUUACAAAUUAUUUAACCCCAUAAUGGUUGCAUAAUUUUGAAAAAAAAAACGGACUAAGUAUUUAUAAGUGA